AAAUUCUGUGAAACUUUUGUGCGUAUCAGCGAUAAGGAGAGAGAGAGAGGGAGAGAGAGAAGAGUUGUACAUGAGUCCUCUUUCUGACCGUAAAAGUUCCAAGUCUUUGUUUCAUCUCAGAAAGACUCUCCUGCUCCCCACACAACGUAAGUUGACUUUAAACGACGAACGCGAAUCAUUGUGUUAUUAAUACAGUUCAUAUAAUCGUCAGAUAUUGAGAGGAGAGAGAGAAGAGUUGUAUAUGAGUCACUCUUUCUGACCGUAAAAGUUCCAAGUUUUUGUUUCAUCUCAGAAAGACUAUCCUGCUCCCCAUACAACAUGCUACAACACAUGAAGAUGCCGAGAACACAUUUCGUCAUUUUAGCUGUUCUCUGUUUUGCUGUUGACAUAAACGAUUCUGGAAAAGUGGGGCCAUCAGGUCCAGGAGUUUAUCCAACUUCUGGUUGUCCUCCACCUGUAGCCAUGCUUCCUUGCGUUUGUGGCGGGUUCUCGAUAAUUACAUGCAGUAACGUUACAGAUGAAAAACAGUUAGUUUCCGUAUUUCAGCAGAAUUUUACCGAUAAGGGAGUAUUUGGUUCUUUUUUUAUGGAAAACACGCCUAUCAAGACAAUUCCGUCGAAGGUAUUUGGUCCUGUUGUCCGUUUCCGUGAGCUAAACAUGGAUAAUAACAGUAUGCUAGAAAUAAUUGAAGAAGACGCAUUUUCUGGUCUGGAAGAAACAGCCAAUGCUAUCUACUUACGAAACUGUAAUAUCAAAUCAGCAAACAUUUUUAAAGCAGUUUCUAAACUUAUCUCUCUUACUGUUAUUCACUUAAACGAUAACCAGCUAACAAGUGUGCCGAAUCACGCUUUUGAGAAUCAGGAGCUUAAAGCAGUUUUUCUUCAAAAUAACCGUAUAACCAGUAUUGGAGGUCGAGCUUUUGAAGAACUUCGGAGCAUUGUACAAGUUGAUCUAAGUAAUAAUUUGAUAUCAGAGAUUACUGAUAAUGCUUUCCACUUAAAUUUUGAAAGCAGUGAUAUUCCAGCGUUUGUUCUAAUCAAUAACAGCAUUUCAGACCUGCCACUGCAUGCUUUUGGAGAGCUAAAAACUCCCUUUAUUUUAGUUUUGAACAGGAAUCGCAUGACUAGUCUUAAACAAGAAAUCUUUGAACCACUGCUACAGUUUUUUUCACAGAAAAACGCUGGCCAUUUGUAUGUGGAAGAAAACUCCUUUUGUUGUGACUAUCGAAUGAAAUGGUUGGUUGAACAAAAGAGCUACUUCAAGUACAUCUCACACAUUAUUUGUCAAGAUGGCCGAAAUUUAAAGGACUACACAGUGGAUCAGCUUGGUGACUGCAGCUCCCUCUGAAGGAAAACAGCUUAUAUGUGUUUGAAAUUAACGAAUCCAUUGGUUGAAAUAAAAUAUUUGUAAAACUGAA